CACCAAAUCACACACAGAGAAGCUAUACCACAGAGAAGCUAUACCCUCACCAAAGCGCAUGAGAAUCUGAUAGCUCGAGAUGAGCGCAACUUAUCUACGACAACUUUGCCUCCUUCAUUUGGUCUGGUGCCUUGGAUAUUGGAAGGUGACAGGUGAGAGAAUAUUAUUUAUAUAAUUUAAGUUAACAUCAAUAUUUCAAUAUAACUUAGUUUAAACUAAUCAUAUAAUUGUAAGUCUUCUAAAAAUGGUUCUCAACAUUCAAUUGACUUCUCUGUUGAUUUAGCUAUUAAUUGAUAUUGUUGAUAAUAGUUGACAAUUACAUGCAUUUUGUUAAUGUAGAUUAAUAACAUUAUAAAUAUAUAUAUAUAUAUAUACUUUGUAAACUGACCAUUUUUAUCUAUCUUUAGAGGCUUAUCCCAGCAAAGAGUGUGAACAUGGAAUUGCUUUGAUGAAGGUAUGGGACAAAGGCUGCAUUUACACAGGCAGCCCGAUUCAGAUUUUUUCCCCUCUAACUGGUCUUUUAAACCAAUCAGAUCAGCUGAGAAAAAGAUCUGAUGUGAAAAGAUCGAAUGUGCCAAUAAAAGGCAGUUGUGAAAUUAGUUUUUAAAACAAAUAGGUUAUUGUGAAAUUAGUUUUCAAACAAAUAAUUAUAAAUCGAUUACCAUUACAUUCCCUUAUUUGAUACCAGAGUCAAAGGCUGUGUCAACAUUUUGAAGGUGUACUAGACAUAAAACAAUCAAUAUGUGCCUUGAAUGUGUAUCACUCUGACUGGAUUUAGACAGGCAGACCAAUUAAGAUCUUUUUUUCACUAAUUGGUAUUUUGAUCAAUCAACUCUGAAAAAGAUGUGAAAAGAUCUGUGAUUGGUCAAAAGACCAAUUAGUGGAAAAACAUCAGAAAUGGGCCUCCCUGUCUAUAAGCAGCCUUAAAGGCCACGCAUUGUCAAUCCGACGUCUGCAUUGGCCGUGAAGCAUUUAUGGUGAUACAGCCUCUACAGAAGUCAGGGCAUUCAUUAUUUUUGCGCUUCGCGAAGCAGCGCAGAGCUGUUGAGUAGAGCUGUGAAGGAAGUUGUCAAGGAAGUGAGUUUGUGUUUAUACGGGACCUCCCGCCCCCACCUACCGUCAACCAAUCAUGUCAAUUUCGGAGCUAUACGGAGCACACUGCAUUGUUAUAACAUUUGGGAGGCGCACGGCCAUGCGGUACGGAUCUCAAUUUGGCUAUGUAAUUGCGUCACACCCUCCAUACGGAGCCUCCGACAACAUUUUCGGAUCAAGCUUAGGUUGGCUUUUAGUCUGUAUCUUUGGCUGUCUUUACACAGGCAGUCCAAUUCUGACCUUUUGCCACUAAUUGGUCUUUUGACCAAUCAGAUCAGAUAUUUUUGCUAAUAUUUAUUUUGCCAAUAAUUAGGCAAAAAAUCAGAAUUGGGCUACCUGUGUAAACACAGCCUCUGUGUGUCAGUCUCUCACCAUUUAAACAUCAUGGGCUGCGUUUACACUGGCAGCCCAAUUCUGUUAUUUUGCCCAAUUGGUCAAAAUAUAAUUUAUUUGCAAAAGAUUAGAAUUGGUCUGCCCCUUUGUAAAUGCAGCCUCAGUCCUCUACUGCAUUCAUCAGAGAGUUCUGGUCACAAAAGGCAUUAAUGUUAUCUGUUUUAUUUGCACACCUCUGGAAAAAUCCAAUCUGUGACUGAAUAGGUGGUCUGCAGGUAAUUACAUCCAAAUUAAAUGGUUUACUUGUGGUGGCUGGGGUAGGGUAGAUGUGUUGAAGGGGUGGGGAACACAGAAGUGAGUCACACUGUAACUUGAAUUAGACUGGUGGGGGAUGAGAGGGACAUGAGGGGCAUAAGAACAUUUAUGACUUCAGCCUACUCUCAUCAGCUGGACACACAGGUUACAGAGACAUGAUUAUUACUUUGCAACAGGUAUCGUAUAGUACACAAUGGAUGUCAUGUCCAACAGCUUUAAGGUUUUCUUGGGUUUAGUGAUGUCUUACAGACUUGUUUUUGAUCACUGACCAUUGGUUUGUCUGCUGCAGGGUCCUGGGAUCCAGACUGAUGUGGGAGAUAUGAUGUGGAGAGAUCAGAAUGAGGCAAGGCUAAGUAACUGCACAACUCAAUCUUAUCACAGAUAUUAUAUAAUAUCAGGAUGCUUACUCUCUCCCUGCCCCUCUCCCCUCACAGCAGCAAGUUCAGAAUGUAUUCAAAAGAGUAA